GUGGAAUAGUUUUAUUCAAACCCGUUGAGCAAAUUGAGUUUCACAGGCUCAGGAGCUGUAGAAUCUCACAAUGGAAGGUUCUGCUGAGCAUGGUGAGACCUCAAAGGCACCCCUGAGCAAGGGGAUCAGUAAAGGAGUGUCCAUACUCGAUGUCAUACUUCGGUUCGUCGCGAUCAUCGGCACCCUUGCAAGCGCCAUUGCCAUGGGCACCACCAACCAGACGCUGCCUUUCUUCACUCAGUUCAUCCGGUUCAAAGCGCAAUACAGCGACCUCCCAACUCUCACGUUUUUUGUUGUGGCAAACUCUAUUGUUUGUGCCUAUCUUAUCCUUUCGCUCCCAUUAUCAAUUGUGCACGUCAUUCGGAGCAGGGCUAAAUAUAGCAGGCUCAUUUUGAUCUUCUUUGAUGCGGUAAUGCUAGCUCUGGUGGCCGCAGGGGCAUCUGCAGCUGCAGCUAUUGUGUACUUAGCACACAAGGGAAAUGCCAGAGCAAAUUGGCUUGCUAUUUGCCAGCAGUUUGACUCCUUCUGUGAGCGCAUCUCUGGCUCCCUGAUUGGCUCAUUUGCAGCUAUGGUUGUCCUGGUACUGCUCAUAUUCCUCUCCGCUAUUGCGUUGGCCAGGCGAUAGACGAAAUUGCCAACUGUUUGCUUCUGCAGUGUGAAGUAUCAUAUCAUGGUGUGGUUCUAGCACGUACUUGCCUAUGUUAUAAUCUGUGUGCCUUUUUGCCUCUUGCUAUCACCUCUACUAUCUUAUGUAUCCUCUUGAUUGUGUACGACUGUACGUCAUAUACGAAUCCUACAGAAAAUGAAUAUAAAUGUGGUGUCAUGGAUUGAAA